AGGUUAAUGAAUAAGUCUUAAGCAUUUUGAACAUCAGUCUCCCUUUCACUUCCGAAGUUCACGUACCUUCUGUCGGGUAUUUUUGAUUAUUUGUUGAUUCGUCCCAAAUAUGACAUAAAAUUGGGAGGCGAGAAUGGCGGUAAUUAAAGCUCUUAGCCUUCUGGUAUUGAUCAUCUCCGCAGUACGGCAGUCAUCAUCGUGUACUCCCACGACAUCUGAAAAUCCAUUGAUCACCGAAGUUGAUGAAUAUCGGUUACCAAACAACACAUUACCCCGAUUAUAUACUCUGAAUUUGGAACCUCAUAUCGACGAUGAACAAUUUAGUUUCGAUGGCACAAGCAACAUUAUCUUUGAAGUGCUCGAUCCAACAUGGAAUGUAACUUUACAUGCAUCGAUAUUGAUUAGGAUCGAUGAAACAUACACGACCCUUGUCCACAGUAAUGGUACUAUUGAGAAACCAAUUUCUCAAAGCUAUAAUGUACAUCUUGAAUUUUUCAACCUUCAAUUUAGUGAUUUAUUGGACCUCGGUAAUUACACGAUUAAACUGAAAUGGAAGGGCCAUCCUGGGGAUAAGAUUGGAUUGUACAGAACAGCGGAGGAAGACAAGGAAGGGAAAAUUGAAUAUAUGCUUGCAAAUCAUUUCGAACCCUCAACAGCCCGAGCCGCCUUUCCCUGCUGGGAUGAGCCAGCACUCAAAGCUGAAUUCGAAAUCUCUUUGAAGCAUCAUCCCAAUUAUACAGCACUAUCUAAUAUGCCUAUAACAGAAGAAACGACAACUGAUGAUGGGAAAGUGUUGACGAGCUUCCAGAGAACUCCAGUCAUGUCUACCUAUCUGGUAACAUGUAUACUGGCUCCUUAUACUGGUCGUAGCAGUGAUUAUGGAAAUAUAACAUUCUGGGCCCCGUCAGAUAAAGUGUCAAGUGCUUCAACUUAUUUAGAAUUCAGUCCUAAAAUUGUCAGUGAGUUCGAAAAUUACACUGGAAUUCCUUAUGCUCUACCGAAAUUGGACGGUGUUUAUGUCCCUGAGUUUUCCGCCGCAGCUUCGGAAAAUUGGGGUCUCAUCAGCUACGCGAGAUUUGUCUUAGUCGAUCCUACAACUCACACUUAUGAAGCGCAAAGAGCUGCUAUACUAUUAGCAACCCAUGAAAUUGCUCAUCAAUGGUUUGGUAAUUUAGUUACCCCUGCGUGGUGGAGUGAUGUUUGGUUGAGUGAAGCUUUUGCUGUAUAUAUGGCGAGAAAAAUUCUCACUAAUAUAAUUCCAAAUGAUUAUGCUAUGGAUCUUUAUGUUGUGAAAGGGAUCCAUGGUAGAGCAUUUACAACACCAAAAAUUUCCAAAUAUCCCAUUCGAUGGAUACCCCAUUCUCCCCGUGAAAGUAUGCAGUUAUUUUCUCCAGUGACUUAUGAGAAAGGGGGCGCUGUAGUGCGAAUGCUGGAGCACAUAGUAACGGAAGAAGUAUUCCAUGAUGGCAUUCGAAAAUACUUGAAUAAAUAUCAAUUUAGUUCGGUAGAAACAAACGAUCUUUGGCGAAGUCUUCAAGAGAGCUAUGAUGACACCGAAGAAUCAUCUCCUUUGAAUAUACAAGAAAUAAUGAAUCCUUGGCUGGAACAAACGGGGUAUCCAUUGCUAACGGUCGUGCGAAAUUAUACGACAGGAAUCGUUAAUAUUACGCAAACUGAUGCUACAGAUCCCACGUCCGGGAAUCUCUGGACGAUUCCGAUAAAUUAUGCAACGACUUCAAGACCCGAUUUUUCAUCCACUCGACCAACGCACUUUAUUAGCCCUACGGAGCCCAGUCUGCUGCUUGAUGACAUCGAUAUAAAUGAUGCAAUAAUUUUGAAUAAUCAGCAGACCGGACUUUAUCGUGUCGAUUACGAUUGGGAGAAUUGGAAACGUAUCAUUGCAUACCUCAACUCGGAGAAUUAUCACAAAAUCCACGUGUUGAAUCGUGCACAUUUGCUCAAAGAUCUCAUACAUUUUUCUGAGACGGAUAACCGUUAUUAUGAGUUACUGAUAGACCUAGCUAUGUAUUUGCGUCGAGAAACUAAUGUGUUGCCUUGGAUGCUUAUUGAGGAAGUCGUAAACCAAUUUCGAAUCUUCUCUGCAAAUUCAACCACUUUCGAUUACAAAAAUGUUACCUUACAUAUUAUGGAAAAUGUAUUGCACGAUAUUGAACUCAAAGCUCCUGCACUUAAAGAUGAGAAUCUCGACAAUUACGCUAGUAAUGCACUUGUGAAAAUGGCAUGUUAUUUAGGUCAUAAAGGAUGCAAAGCUCUGGUAUCUUCAUUCAACUUUCGUUACAAAAGUACCGUAGACAAAGUAUUUCUUGUUCUGUGGGAAAUAGUUUCGAGUAUGCCAACAAAUUUGGAUAUUAAAAUGGUGAAUAAAUUUGUGAGUUGGCUAAUUGUGAUUUUCCUUGGAAUAUCGCGAUCAUUAGCGUAUAAUUCCACGGAAUAUGAGACUCCAUUGAUGGAAAUAGUGACCGGAUACCGGUUGCCGAAUAAUACAUUUCCACGGUUAUACAUAUUGCAAUUAGAACCUCACAUUGAUGACCAAGAAUUUACCUUUGAUGGUAGCAGUAGCACUCUUAUUGAAGUGCUGGAAUCAACGUGGAUUAUAACUUUCCAUGCAUCGACGUUGAUUGAAAUCAAUAAGACUUCGACAGCACUCGUUUACAGUAAUGGUACAAUUGAGAAACCAAUUUCUCAGAGAUAUAACAGUGAUGAACAAUUUUUUAUCAUUCGAUUCAAUCGUUUAUUGGAAAUCGGUAAUUAUACUCUUAAGCUGAAAUGGAGAGGAUAUAAUGCUCCAGAUCUGCAAGGAUUUUACAGAGCAAUCGAUAGGAAUCAACAUGGGGAAAUGCAAUAUAUGGUAGCAACUCAUUUCGAGCCAUUAGCAGCCCGAGCUGCAUUUCCCUGCUGGGAUGAACCCGCAUUCAAAGCUGAAUUCGAAAUCUCCUUGAAGCAUGCGAAAAAGUACCUAGCCAUCUCCAAUAUGCCUAUAAAGAGCCAAGUCCCAACUGAGGAUGAAAAGAUGUGGACGAUUUUCCACCGGUCUCCAGUUAUGUCAACCUAUCUGGCGACAUUUGUAUUGGCCCCUUAUAAGGCCCUGACCAAUGAGCAUGGGAACAUGUCAUUUUUUGUUCCAUCAGAUAAGCUACAGUUUGCUACGACUGUUUUCAAACUCAAUGACAAAAUUGUCAAUGCAUUGGAAAAUUAUACAGGGAUUGCUUACUCCUUACCCAAACUGGACGCUGUUUACGUCCCUCAGUAUUCUUCUGCAGCUACUGAACAUUGGGGUCUCAUCGCCUACUGGAGAAUCAUCUUCGUCGAUCCUGACGUUGCUACACAUCAGCAGCUGAUUAGUGCGGUAUUACUAGCAACCCAUGAACUCACUCACCAAUGGUUCGGAAACUUGGUGACUCCUGCCUGGUGGAGUGAUCUUUGGUUGAGUGAAGCUUUCGCUGUACAUAUGGCUAACAAAAUAGCAGACGAUAUAAUACCCAAUUUUCAUGCGAUGGAUCUCUUCGCUAUCGAAACCGGAAAUGAUGAAUCAUUCCCAGCGGCAGAAUGGUCUUCACAUCCCAUUAGAUGGAUGCCAAAUACUCGACAUGAAAUCAGAACGAUGUUUUCGUCUGUAACUUAUCGCAAGGGCGCUGCUGUAGUUCGAAUGCUGGAGCACAUGAUAACUGAAGAGGUAUUUCUUCAUGGCAUCAGGAAAUACAUCUAUAAACAUCAAUUUGGUUCGGCAGUGACGAACGAUCUGUGGCAGGAUCUUCAGGAAAGCUAUGACAAACAAGAAAUUCACACUCGUCAGAAUUUAACGGGGAUUAUGAAUCCCUGGUUGGAGCAAACCGGAUAUCCACUAGUGAGAGUCAUACGAGAUUACAAGACACGAUUUAUCGGUAUCACACAGAGUGAUGCUGGAAACAGGGAGUCAGGGAAUAUUUGGACGAUCCCAAUCAAUUAUGCUACCACUUCGCGGCCGGACUUUUCCUGCACACGUCCAACGCACUUUUUGCAAUCCGCAAAUGAGAGUAUCAUGAUUGAUGAGAUGGAGGAAAAUGACUGGAUCAUUCUGAAUAUUCAACAAACUGGUUUCUACCGCGUCGAUUAUGAUUCGGAGAAUUGGAAACGUAUUAGUGCAUACUUGAACUCGGAAAAUUAUCACAAAAUUCACGUUUUGAAUCGCGCACAAUUACUCCAUGAUGUCCUAUAUUUUGCUGAACGAGAUGCACGUUAUUAUGAGUUGCUAAUGGAUAUGGCUAUGUAUUUACGUAGAGAAACCAAUUAUUUGCCUUGGACAGCGAUUAGCAAAGCCAUAAACCGAUUUGCACUGCGUCUGAUGAAUACAUCAGCCUUCGACUUUCUUAAAAGCUUCAUUUUACAAAUUAUGAGUAAUAUUGUGGAUCAUAUUGGCUUCGAAGAUCGUCCUUUUGUCGAUGAUAAUCUAGUUCAUUUGGCGAGAGUUGAACUUCUACCGUGGGCCUGUGCUUUCGGCCACGAAGGGUGCAAGGCUGUAGCUCCCACAAAGUUAAUGGAGAUUUUGAAUGGCAAAAUGAAGAAGUCUUUUCGUAUUGAGCAUCGGGGAUGGAUUUAUUGUACGGCUUUAGCUCAGGCCAAUGAAACUGUUUGGGAUCUCGUGAUGAAUGCUCAUUGGGCAAAUUCUCUCGAGGAUCGGCCAUUCAAAUAUUUGGGAUGUACGAAAAAUCAUCGUUUGAUUAAAAAAUACCUGACGGAAGCUUUUGCUGAAAAUACUACUGCAUCGUCCACUGAUGUCUACGAGGGACUGAAUUCCAUGACUAUGGGAUCAGCGGAAAACUACAAUUUUGCUCUUGAUUAUUUCAUUGAAAACACUGAUCAAAUACGUCAAUAUUUAACGGAGAGAAAUUCGACACAUGAAAUUGGGAAUCUUUGUCUGCAGUUUGCCGAGUUGACUAAAACACUGGAUCAGUUGGACAGGUUGACAAAACUACUCAAUAAACUAAAGGAAGGCGGAAAGCGAAAUAAUGCCAGACAGCUCAUUGACAUUGCGAGAGCUUCCAUCAGAAAUUCUGAGAAAUUUUCAUCGAUAUUUAGUUCCAUUAAAGAGAAACCAUACUUUUUAAAUUUCAUACAAAAUUAAACUAAAGGAAAAAAUGUACAGCAAUAUCCGCAAUAAUAAUAUAAAUACCAUUAUUCC